AUGAGCUCCAACUUGAAACAAACCGACCCAGUCCCCGCCUACGAAGAGCUCUUCGAGGAAAGGCCCCAAAACAAAAGAACAGGCUACUCGCACAUCCCACCCACAGACCCAGAAGCCGACCUAGAAAGCCAGGCUCACACCCACGAGUACGGGCACGAUUUGCCCGCACAGGCAGAUGCCCCAGCAUCCGGAUCAUCUACUACUGCCGGGCAACAGCCACCGCGAGAACAUUUCCACUGCGAAACAUGUGAUCUGCAGCUUGAGAGACGUGAGAAGAGAGACUCGCAACAUCGGCAUUGCCAGACUGUUGCGUCGACGUUUCUCUAUUUUGGACUUAUGAUAACUCUCAUUUUGGUUAUUGUUGUUCCUACUGUUGCUGCUAUGAAGAAGAGGCGACACUAG